AUGUCGAGGCUUGCGGCCGCCGCCCUCCGCGGCGCCCUCACCGCCUCUGGGGCGCGCUCGUGCUCGAUCUCAGUGGCAUUUCCCUCUGCAUCCUCUCGUCUCUUCUCAACCGACGCAUCCGGCGCCGUAGCGGGAUCACAGGACGACUCAUCGUCCGGCGAAGGCCAUACCUAUGGAAGGUUCUACACUAAUAUUUCUGGUGUCGGCCGUCUUGGCAAGAACAUGCUGAAGACUGACAUUAUCCAUUACCUUGACCAAUGUGAACUGUCACUGGAUGAUGUGAAGAUUGAUUACAACAAGGGGUUUUAUCCCAUGGGCGCAUUAUUGAAGUUUCCUUCGGUGGAAUCAUUUGAGAAAGCAGUCAGGCAAACAAUUCAGGGUCGCAUGUACAGGCUUGAGAGGGUGAGUCCUGAUGAGUGGGAACACAAGAUAUCUUUGAAUGGAAAAGCUGUACUGUUGCAAGGAGUCCCUCGAAACGCUCAAGUUGAUGACAUAGAACGUUUCUUGUGCGGCACUAACUAUGAAGCUCCUCCAUUUGAAAACUCUAUCAGAGCUGGGGUCCCCGAGCCUGUAAGAAUGGUGCUGGUAAAGUUCGGCUCGAGGACUGAUGCAACCAAUGCCUUCAUUGCUAAAAACAAGGGUUUCUGUCUGAACAAUCCUGUUACCAUGCGGGUUAUUCAGUAA